UACACAUAGUUUACAUACACAUACACCGGCUUGUCAUCCUUCAUCAUAAUAUAUACAAAAUGUACAAGUGACUAGUUUUAAUCGAUAUCGUAUAGUUGACAUUUUAUUUGUUAUCUCGUUAUUGUGGUGGAGAUGUAGAUUUCGAACAAUAUUUUAAGAUGAAGAGAUUUAGAUUAAAAUAGACUAAGAAUAUCAAACCUUAUCAACAUGUCUACUCCAGAUGAUAUCAGCAUUGCCGUCUCGUCACAAAAAGAACUAACCAUUAAUGACAAAUCAGAUGGGAAAAUAACAGGGCGGUUAAUGUUAGCUGUGUUUGGAGCUGUUCUAGGAUCUCUACAGUUCGGAUUCAACACCGGAGUCAUCAAUGCACCGGAAGGAAAAAUUAAAGACUUUAUGAAUGAAACUCACAUCAAACGGACAGGAGAACAAUUCUCAGAGGAUACGGUCAUCAAUCUAUACUCAUUGUUGGUGGCCAUCUUUGCUGUUGGAGGAAUGAUCGGAGGAUUAAUUGCAGGAUGGUGGGCUGAUUUCUUUGGAAGAAAAUUUGGGCUGAUAUUAAAUACUCUACCUGGUAUUGCUGCUGCUUGUUUGAUGUUCUUCAGUCGACAUGCAAGCUCAUAUGAGAUGGUUAUUGCUGGAAGAUUUCUGGUGGGAUUCAACUGUGGAUUAUAUACCGGAUUAACGCCGUUAUAUCUGUCAGAAAUCUCCACUCCUAACAUCAGAGGUGCACUCGGUACCUUACAUCAGUUUGGUGUAGUCAUCGGUAUACUACUGUCACAAGUUCUUGGAUUUCCCGAGGUGCUCGGUACUGGCCAAAACUGGCACGUGUUAUUAGGUCUUUGCAUAAUACCAUGUGCUCUUCAGUUAUUAGUUAUGCCGUUUUGUCCCGAAAGUCCAAGAUAUCUUCUGAUAACAAAGGAACAGGAAGAAAAAGCUCUUAGCUCAUUACGUACAUUGAGAGGAACCUCCAUGGUUGAUGCAGACAUAUCAGAAAUGAAACGUGAGCAGUCGAAUAGUCGAGCAGAGGCUAAGGAAUACAUAAAAACAAACAUUUUGGUCAGAAACAGAAGAACAAUGGGCCGUUUAGCAAUUUCUUAUAAAAUUAAAUGCAAAGUUAUUGGCAUGUUGCAUUUGUUUAAGAAGAAAUCUCUGUGGAUGCCUCUUGUCAUCAGUGUCAUUAUGCAUUUGUCACAACAGUUGUCGGGUAUCAAUGCAAUAUUUUAUUAUUCAGCAACACUUUUCAAAAGUGCAGGUGUUUCAGAAAUAACAGCUGCUCAUGCGACCAGCGGGAUUGGUGCUAUCAUGGUCGUUGUAUCGCUCAUUACAAUACCACUUAUGGACAUAAUAGGAAGAAGAACUUUGCACUUGACUGGACUGGCUGGAAUGUUCAUUUUCAGCAUUCUAAUAACACUAUCACUGGUGUUUCAGGACCAAGCCAAGUGGGUUAAAAUAGCAACUAUUGUUGUUUCCUUGUGUUUUGUAGUAUUCUUUGCUAUUGGUCCAGGUUCGAUACCAUGGAUGAUUGUUGCAGAGUUAUUCUCACAAGGUCCAAGGCCAGCAGCAAUGAGUAUCAGUGUUCUGAUCAACUGGAUAUCUAACUUUGCUGUUGGAUACCUUUACCCUAUUCUUCAGAAAGCUAUUGGACAUUAUUCCUUUCUACCAUUCACUGGAUUUCUUGCGAUUUUCUGGGUAUUUUUAUUAAAAUAUCUACCAGAAACGAAGAACAAAACAAUAGAAGAGAUAUCAUCUCAAUGGGAGAGAAAACCCAAAGAGGGCUACAUAGCAACGGAGGACACAGGACUAGUACUCUUUAAGACAAAAUCUACAUUAUAAUUGUAUUGCUAGCAUUAUUGUAUUUUGAGUGAAAAAAUUACAAACUGUAAAGUGAUUAAACGGAGGACACAGGAUUUGUCGACUUUAAGUCUAAUUCUACACAAUAUAAUUGCACGCUUUAUUAAGUUGAACGAUACGCUAAGUUUAUAGUUUUCUUUAACUCAAUCAAUUUUACAUGAUUGGGAUUUGUAUAUACAGCAACGUAAUUUAGGGUAAUCCUUUUUAGGAAAAUUGAAAUUGUAAUAUUGAGUUUUUAUUAUAUAUUUAAUAUUCGCAAUAUGCAUGUAAUACAAAAUUUUGAAUAACGUGUGAGUAUUGACUCAGAGAUUUUGUUUUAAAAAGAACGUUUCAGUUUACUUAAGUUACUAUUUAAACUGAGCUCGAUCAUGUGUCAUUUAUCUGUACCCCUAUUUUUGACCUAUUAUGUCUGUUUGUUUUGUUCACACAAUGGAAUUUUAUGCAACUGUCAUACAAGUGAGAGGUUUAGCUAGCUAUAAAACCAGCUUUAAUCCACCAUUUUCUACAUAAGGAAAUGCCUGUACCAAGUCAGGAAUAUGACAAUUGUUUUCCAUUCGUUUGAUGAGUUUGAGCUUUUGAUUUUGCCAUUUUAUAAGGGACUUUCCGAUUUGAUUUCCUUGGAGUUCGGUAUUUUUGUUAUUUUUUUAUCAAGUAAUGACAUCAGGAUGGCUACCAUUUAUUUGUUGGAUCUAUUUUUCUGUAAUUUUUUGAAUAUGAACAAAUAUUUAAAAGUGUUUAUGCUAAUCAUUGAAAUGUCAUUGUAUAUUGCUUGCUUAAAACGUAUAUACCUGUAUGUAAAAGGUCACACUCGGAACCAAAGAAAAAUGACCUCAUAAGAGAGGUGACUUUUCAAUUGAGGGUCAAAAUGCCUAGAUAUUUUUACAACAUGACAUGAAAGGGGUAACCUGGCCUGACAGUUUUGUGGCUUAAUAGAGGUGACAUAUAUAGCAUGUUUGACUAUACAUUGUCUUUCAUUUUUGCUUAUCUGCUUUGUCUAUAUGACAUUUUGUUUUUCUUUUUUGACAUAUUUGUUGGCUUUUAUAGUGAUUAAGAUUAUAACACAAUGCUGACUGCUGUACCCCUAUUUUUGACAUUUUUACCUAUUAUGUCUGUUUGUUUUGUUCACACAUUGUUGUCAAUAUAAUGGAAUUUUAUGCGACUGGCAUACAAAUGAGAGGUUUAGCUGGCUAUAAAACCAGGUUUAAUCCACCAUUUUCUACAUAAGGAAAUACCUGUACCAAGUCAGGAAUAUGACAUUUGUUUUCCUUUCGUUUGGUGUGUUUGAGCUUUUGAUUUUGCCAUUUGAUAAGGGACUUUCCGAUUUGAAUUUUCCUUGGAGUUCGGUAUUUUUGUUAUUUUACCUUUUUAUGCCCCUGCCGUAACGGUGGGGGCAUUAAGUUUUACCCUUGUCCGUCUGUACGUACGUAAACCAAAAUUGGUUUCCGUUCUCUAACUUGAGUUUGUCUCAACCAAAUGUUAUGAAACUUAUACACAAUGCUUAUUACCACAAAACACAGAUAAAGUUUAAAUUUUGGUGGCAUCACUUUAACCGUUCUAGAGGUAUGCCCCUUUAUAAAUGGAAAAAUUGCAAAAUUUUUAGUUUCCGUUCUCUAGCUUAAUUUUAUAUACCAUAAAGAAACGCAAAUGUCUAUGUCAUAUUCAAACUAACUGGGCUGAUUUAAAUGUUUCAAUUUGAUUCUAAAUACAAUGCAUAAGUUAGGUAACUUUACUUUAACAAACUAUUCACUCAAACACAGUCAACAUUAGACGUUUUAUGCUGUUUUGUUUAUGCCUGUUGGUUUGUACAAUCACACACUUAUAUUUUGUGGUCUCUAAUACAGAAUCUCCUGUCAUGCACACGGAAAUUGGUACCGUGUGUAAAUCUGCUCAAACAGAGUUAUGAGGAGGAAUGACCAAAAUUGACAUUACACAAGUUUUACGGUCACCAUCACAAAUUGGUUUCCAGUCUCCGGUCUCGCUUUUUUUAAGUUCAUGCAAUUCUAUCAUUUUUUCCACUGCAUUGAUUUGCAUGUUCUUAAUCGUUUUAAGAGAUUUGAACAUCGGAAAAUACUGUUGCCUUUUUUCUGAAUGAGGUAGAACUUUAUUAGAAUGGUAGCAAAGACGAAGAUGCUAUUGUUCCAACAACUUUGUUAUUUAUGUUUUUGGUUAUCAACUAUUUAUAUUUAUUUGUGAUAAAACAUAUUGAAAUAUUUGAAUGUUAUUUGUAUAGUUCUUACAAUAUUUAAUUAAAGCACUGUUCUGGUUAUUUAUAUGUUGAAGUUGAUAAAUAACAAUUAUAAACUGAAUAUAACAUUUUGACAGGUUGUAAAAUAGAUUUUUUAAAUUGA